AUGCAUGUUACCUGUAUUUUCGUUUCCGUCGCCGUCCUCUUCGCUGGAAACUCCCAAUCUCUCCCCAUUUUAGGACUUCCCGAACUGCCUCUUGUCGGCGGUCUUACCAACGGCCUCGCAGGGCUCCCCUUGGCGGGCGGCUUGGGCAAUGUCGCUGCUCCUCUGACUUCCGGCCUCACCUCGAAGGUUGGCGGCUUGACUCACACCGUCACUCCGCUUGCUUCCGGCUUGACGGGCGAUCUCGCCCCUGUUACCUCGAAGCUCGGCGGUGUCACUCAAACUCUCGCCCCUGUUACUAGCGACAUCACUGGUCUAACUGGUGGACUUCCCAUCGCAGGCCUUACCGAUAACGUCGCGCCCGCAGUCUCCGGACUGAACGGUCUUACCAGUGGUCUCCCUGAUGUCCAGAACGUCGCCUCCGGCUUACCCGUCGGCGGUCUUCUUUCUUCGAUUAUCAAGCGUGACCCUCAAUUCGGCGGUGGUCUCCCCAUAAUCGGCUCUCUUCCUGGGCUCGACAGUCUCUCAUCGAUGAGCUCCCUUCCUGGCCUCAGCAGCCUGCCAUCGAUGGACUCACUUCCAAUCCCCUCAUUGAACUCCCUUCCCGUCCUUGGCAAUGUACUAGGCUCUGGCGGAAUUCCCGGAUUGGACAGUCUUGGUGGUUUACUGUAA